AUGCAAGGCAAGGUUGAGCAACAGGACCGCAUCGAGAUCAAGUAUACACAUACUAAGGAUGAAGGCAGCGCGACCAGCAAACACGUUCAACAACGAAUGGAAGUAGCACAGAUUAAUGAGCACUGGCCGCAUCACGAAGGGUCCGUGCGAGGGCUCCCCUACGUGACGAGCGCCCGGAAUCUCAUUGUGGUCUCCGUGUCGUUCAGGGACGAAAUCAAAAAGGUCGGUGAUGCACUGGGUGAAUCAGCUGGGACCGGACCUCUUCAUCUCAUCUACUGGACAAUUUACAAUCUGAUUGUGGAAAUGUCGGCGGGGGCACCUGCGCUCGGAUACAUAUUCUUUCGGGAGCAUCCUGGUGUGUUCGCUGCGCCCAACAGGUUGAUUCAGGGAAUAGCAGGCAUUACGGCAAACGCAGACGACGUCUUGGUGGUGAAACAUUGCCAGAGCAAAAAGAACGAGGUCAUGGACUGCGACGACGAGGACAUUCCAUGGGUUAAUGGUAUCAUGAAACAGGGAGCACUUUGUCGCACGGCACAUUUAACAGCUGACAUUGCUCAGACAUCGAGACGGAGAAUGUGUGGAUUCGAUUACGGAGAUAUGCAAGCCAAAGAGAGUCGGGGACGUGCUGCGGCAGUGGCGUUACCAAUGCUGUGGCCCUGGACGACCUUGUGA